ACCCUGCAUCUGCAACUUCCACGCCACCGCCAACCCAUGUGAUCAAAUUCCAAGUCCAAUUUCUCUCCUCCGCCGGCAAAGAACCGCUGCUCUUCUCCGGUCUCAGCCCCCGCGCCGCCGCCGCCGGUCGCGUCGGCAAGAACCACGUCUUCUACGGUGCAAACGGAUUUCUUUAAUUGGUGUUUCAUCAUGUAUGUAGUGGAGACUAAAGAAGGAGCUAUAGCAUGUAUGGUAUUGUCGCUGUUUUGUCUGGGAACUUUUCCUGCACUGUUGACUCUUCUUGAACGGCGGGGGCGUCUUCCGCAACACACUUUCCUUGAUUACACCAUAACCAAUUUCUUAGCUGCUGUGAUUUUUGCUCUCACGCUUGGUCAGUUUGGGAAGAGCUCGCCAGAUCGUCCAAAUUUUAUCCAACAGCUUUCUCAGGAUAAUUGGCCUUCUGUUUUGUUUGCAAUGGCUGGUGGUGUGGCGCUAAGUAUUGGGAAUCUUUCUUCUCAAUAUGCUUGGGCAUUUGUUGGUUUAUCAGUAGCAGAAGUGAUCAUUUGUAGUAUAAUAGUAAUUUUAGGCUCAACUGUGAACUACUUUCUUGAUGGCAAGAUUAAUAGAGCGGAGAUUCUUUUCCCUGGUGUUGCUUGCUUUCUGAUUGCGGUAUGUCUCGGCUCUGCCGUUCACUCGUCCAACACUGCUGAUAACAAAGCAAAGCUGGAACGUCUGUCUGCCAAUUUGAAAAAAGAGUCGAAGGAAAUUGAUGCCUCUACAAUUUCAAGCAGAGUUGAAUCGAAGGACUUGGAGAAUGCCGAUUGUUCUUCACGAAACGCCAAAGCUGGGACUGCAGACUUUCUUGUUCAGCUUGAGAACAGAAGAUCCAUCAAGGUGUCUGGUAAGAGCACACUAAUUGGACUGUGCAUAACUUUCUUUGCUGGUGUUUGCCUUUCUCUCUUCUCACCUGCAUUCAAUUUGGCCACAAAUGAUCAAUGGCACACUCUGAAAGAAGGCGUCCCGCGCUUGACGGUCUAUACUGCAUUUUUCUACUUUGGGACCUCCUUUUUUGUCAUAGCUGUCGUUCUUAACGUCGUCUUCCUUUACCGGCCUAUACUUAACUUACCCAAAACAUCAUUCAAGGCAUAUCUGAAUGACUGGAAUGGUAGAGGAUGGGCCUUCUUGGCUGGUUUUUUGUGUGGAUUUGGCAAUGGUCUGGAGUUCAUGGGUGGUCAAGCUGCUGGAUAUGCAGCUGCAGAUUCUGUGGAGGCAUUUCCACUGGUGAGCACGUUUUGGGGGAUUGUUUUGUUUGGAGAAUACCGUAGAUCGUCGAGGAAAACAUACGUACUGCUGGGCGGCAUGUUGUUUAUGUUUGCCGCGGCUGUUGUAGUUCUAAUGGCUUCAUCAGGACAUCGACAUGAGAGAGGUGUUGGAAAAUCAUUAGGCAAAUCUUGUGAAAGCACAAACCUUUGUGCCAAUUAGAAGGAAAUUACGGCUGUAUGUGUUGAAAUUGUUCCUCGUCGUGUAUUUAAAACUUUCGGAUUGAAUUUUUUUUUAGUGCAACAAUUCGAACUCUAUCACUUUUGGUCAGUACUAGUUACCAUUAGUUAAGUUCAUCGGUUCGUGAGGUUAAAUUAUCAUUCA